AUGGUCGGCCNCGCGGCGCUCUACAUCCCCAAGGGCUUCAGCGACGCCGGCAUCGGCGGGUCGCUGGUCUGCAUCGUGGUCGCGAACGUGCUCUUCGCGUUGGGCAUCAGCCGCCUCGUCGACUGCUGGCGCCACGCGCGCGACGAGGGCCUGGACACGGCCCACGGCAUCCAGGGCCUCGCGCGGCGCUUCGCCGGGCCGCGCUGCGACGUGCUGGUGCGGUUCUGCGUCGCGGCCAUGCAGUGCGGCGACUGCGUGACCUACUUCAUCUUCGUCGCGGAGAACGCGGGCGAUCUGCUCGGGUCCCGCGCGCCGUCGCUGGCCAUCCUCAUCGCCGCCAUGGCCGUCUUCGAGGCGCCGCUCUCGCUGACCACAAAGCUCCAGAAGCUCCACUUCCUCAACGCGCUGGGCAACGCGCUCGUCGCCUUCGCGCUCGUCGUCGUCGCCGCCUACGCGUUGAAGACGCUCGCGCGCGAGGGCCCGCGCGCCGACGUGACCUACGGCUUCGCGCCGCUCGGGUCGACGCUGACGUUCGCCGGGAUCACCGCGCCCAUCGUCGUCCCCGUCUGCGACGCGACGGCGUCGAAGCACCGGGGCCGCAUGACGGCGCUGACCGUGGCGACGGUGGCGUCCGUGGCCGCGGCCUACGCCUGCUUCGGCAUCGUCUGCUAUUUGGCGUUCGGCGACGAAGUGAACGUCAUCGCGUCGCAGUCGCUGCCGUCGACGCCGUGGCCGGGCGGCGCCGUGCGCGGCGUUUAUGUCGUCGUCGUGUUGCUGACCUUCCCCCUGCAGCUCUUCCCCGUGACGGACAUGUUCGACGCGUCGGGCGAGCGGCCGCGGGCCGCGGCGGCGUCGCGCGUCGGCCUCGUCUUCUUCCUCGCGGCGCUCGCCGUGGCCUUCGAGCACAAGCUCGACCACGUCGUCUCCCUGCUCGGCGCCCUCGCCUGCGCGCCCCUCGGGCUCAUCGUCGGGCCCUGGAUGCACCUGUCCAUCGCGGCGUCGGCGCGCGACCGCGCGCUCGACUGGCUCUCCAUCGCCGCGGGGAGCGUCAUCGCGGUUGCGACGACGGCGAACGCCGUCGCCACGUGGCGCAGCGCGUCCUCCUAG